UAGCUGAUUCCCUUGCACUGCAAGUCGGAAAGAGACCACCACCGCCACCGCCACCACUUUCUUAACCCUUCCAAGCCAAUCCAAUCCAAGCCAAGCCAUCCAUGUGACAGGAAGCAAGCAUACAAGUCACCACCUCCUUUCCCUCUCACCUCCGCUUCGUCUCUUGGUUUAAAUUAGAUCCAUAGCCCCGACAAAUGAACCACAUUACCUCAGGAAGUCAGAGCGAUCACUUAGUAAUUAAAAGAGAGCGAGAAGAUGUCGUACUUCUCCCCGAUUCUUAUUCUGAUGUUAGUUGUACCGAUGAUGGGAGCCGUGUCCAAAGGCGACGGCGAUUUUGCCCCGGCUGAGGAUAUCGGGCUCUGGACGGCCGGUACGGACGGAGAGGAAGGGCAAGAAGGAGACGAGUAUGAUGAAUUGGACUCCUUACCGAUAUGGGGAAGCGAGCGGGUGGGGAGGAUCCCUGUCAAUGUCGACAGCUUUGGCGCUGUUGGGGAUGGAGUUGCCGACGAUACCCAGGCAUUUCUAGCGGCUUGGGAAACGGCAUGUUCCAUAAAGAAUGCAGUUUUCCUGGUGCCCGAGCGGCGCAAUUACAAAGUUAAUGCAACUAGGCUCCGAGGGCCCUGCGAAGGGAAGCUACUCAUCCAGGUGAGCGGGACAAUUGUAGCUCCAGAUGAGCCAAAGGACUGGGACCCGAAGAACCCAAGGCAAUGGCUAUCUUUCUCUGAGCUGAACGGCGUCAGGAUCCAGGGCGGUGGGAUUAUCGACGGCUCUGGCAGCAAAUGGUGGGCUUCAUCCUGCAAGAUCAACAGGACCAACCCAUGCAGAGGAGCUCCAACGGCACUGACCAUAGAUUCAAGCUCAGGGGUAAGGGUGAAGGACCUCACCAUCCAGAAUGCACAGCAGAUGCACUUCACUAUCUCCCGAUCUGAUGCCAUAAGAGUGUCUGGGUUGCGUGUGAGAGCUCCAUCAGACAGCCCUAACACAGAUGGCAUUCAUAUCAGUGAAUCCACCAAUGUUGCCAUCCAGAACUGCCACAUUGGAACAGGUGAUGACUGUAUCUCCAUUGUGAAUGCUAGCUCAAUUAUCAAGAUGAAAAACAUUGUGUGUGGGCCAGGGCAUGGAAUCAGCAUAGGGAGCCUCGGGAAGGACAAUACGACUGCCAUGGUUACAGCAAUCGUCUUGGACACAGCAAUACUUACAGGCACUACCAAUGGCCUUAGAAUCAAAACCUGGCAAGGAGGAUCAGGCUAUGUUAAAUCAGUGCGCUUUGAGAACGUGAAGAUGGAUGAUGUUCAGAACCCAAUCAUCAUCGACCAAUUUUACUGUGAUUCUCCAACCAGUUGCAAGAACCAGACAUCGGCAGUGAAGAUAAGCCAAGUCCUCUACAGGAACAUAAGUGGGACCUCAAGGACACCCAAUGCCAUGAAAUUUGCUUGCAGUGACACAGUACCAUGCAGCAACAUUGUGUUGAACAACAUAAACCUAGAGAGAGAGAAUGGCAUUGUAGAGACCUUCUGCAACUGUGCCACGGGAUUUGACUAUGGGUUUGUGCGGCCAGCGGCAGAUUGCCUUCGCAAUGAUAAAACUUCCCGCUGUGAUGGGACAAAGAAUGACAACCAAAGCCAAACUUAUGAUCCCAUACAUACAGAGCUAUGAUCUCUCUAUAUGCACAUCCAGGUAUCAUAUAACAGACAACGACAUAUGGAGACCACAAAAACCGUACUUACAAGUGCCUACAUGUCAUCGAGUUCUGGCACGAAUGUAGAAGGAUUUACUGGAAGAAUUCAAGCUAUUAAAGUAGACACAAGCGAGUGACUUUUACAUAUAUAUAUCUUAGGCAAUCAAAAAUGGUAUAGAAGAAAGAAAUCAAUGUACUUGAACUUCAAAGAUAUCCUGUAUGACUUUUAAGGAACAACAGUAUUUGUUCAUGCUUCAUAAA